UUAAAAACAUACUCUUAAACCUGCAUCAGCAUUAAGCGAGGCAUUAAGUUUUUCAAAAAAUAAACUAAUAUAGUGAACAGAAAAUGACUUACGUUUGCAUUUUACUUUGUGUAUUCGUUGCACAAUUCACCGAUACAAAUCAGUUAAAAUCAUUUGCUGAACAAUGUAAGGACAUAGGAAUGGUAUUCUCUUAUGAUUCUAACGACGGAUGCAAAAUUAACUGUAAAACAGAAAAAGUUCACGGUAUAAAUGUCAGUAAAAUUUUUAAGGAAUUGAUUAUUGAAGAUGGAUCGCCUUGCGGCAGAAAUGGAAACUGCACAAAUGGAUUAUGUCAUAAGAGUAAAAAAUUCGACAGUUAUAAUUUCGACAGUAAUAAAUUGUGUAAUGGUGAAUUAUGUUACAAUGAAACGAAAAAAUCCAACAGUAUGAAAAAUAUUUUUUCAUUUUUUAAAAAUAUUUGGAAAUCUAUAAUAGAUUUUAUACUAAUGUGUCUAAAAAAAGUGUCGCUUUUUUAAAAAAAAAAUGUUUUAAUGAUAAGUUUCAUUGGCUUUUUCUCUUUAUAAAUGUUUGUUUUAUGAAUCAUCUCCAUGCAAUAAAACAUGUUUUAUCAACACGUUAAUGAAAAUCAUUAAUGAAAGAAAUGUUAAAAAUUAAAAAUGUCGAAUUUAAAAAUUAUGAAUUUAAAUAAAA